AUGUAAUAUCCCAUUUUUUAUAAUAGAGGAUCCAAUGGAGAUACUGUUUUCUUAACUAUUGACGAGAUGGAUGGAGUAUCAGCAAUCGGUGGUUAUAGUUCCGAUUCCUCUUUAGUAGCACAAUCUAGCCUUCCAAAUCCAAUACUUUUAGUAGUAAAUGGAUAAGGAACAGUACAAUGGAUCAAGACUUUUGAUGAUUAUUUUGACUCGGUGACAUCUUUGGAUAUUUCUUCUUCUGGAGAUAAAGUUUAUUUUGCUUUGGAUACCAAUAACGCUUAAAAUUUGAUAAUUAGUAGCGUCUCAAUUACAGAUGGGAGUUCGCUUUCAGCCUACUAGUUUGGUGCAAGAGGUAUAGUUAAGCCAGAUAGUAUAAUAGCCACAUCAAAUAAUGUAUACGUGGCUCUGUAGUAUAAUAGUAAAUAUGCUUUUAUGAAAUAUUCUCAAUCAUCUCCUUCAUCAACUUAAUUCUAUAAGUACCUUGGAAAUGAUGGCAGCUAUGCUGGAGGAGUGUAUCUUUACAAAGACAUUUAUUUUACCUACGGAUAUGUUAAAAAGUCUUCAUCUGUAGUUAUCAUUCUGAUAAUAUUAUUUUAGGCAUUUGCAACCAUCAUUUCCUUUGAAGAUGAUAAUUACAAAUAAGAUUUUGUUUACAGUUAAAGUUCAACACCUUAUUAUGGAAUUGACAAAUUGAAAAUUGAUGAAGACGACGACAAGUAUUAUGCUUGGACUUGUGGAGCGAAGAGUGAUAAUACGGAUGUGAUGAUUAAUAGAAUUAAUCUAGAUAACAAUAAAAAUUUUCAAACUGGAACAUUUUACUCAGCUACAAGAUGUGUUUAAAUACAUAUGAGAAGCGACUCUAAGGUUUAUUUUCUUUUCUAUAAACAAUCAAUGAUUCUUACGGGUUACAUAGACAUUACUAAAAAUGAUGAUAAUAAAAUUGAUUACUUAAGACUUACCUCAAUUGAUUCAGAUUCGAACAAUGUUCUUUAUCAUGGACAGUAUCAUGUAUGCCCUUUCAUUUAUUCAAUUUUUAAGGCUUCUGGAAAUUUCUACUUCGUUGGAUCUGUAAGAACCUUAACUUCAUAUAGUGGAUCUGGACUUACAGGAAGAGAUAUAGGCAUUUAUUUUCUUACCAAUACACUUCUAAGUUAAAUCAAGAUACCAUAUGAAACUUCUGAUUCUCCAGCUUAAUUAUAUACUUAUGUUAAUAGUGGCAGUUGUGGUAAUUGUGGUAUAAAUAAAAACUAGCUAUAAUCAGAUAUUCAAUCUGAAACAGUAUGGAUAAGCAGUUAUCCUUUAACAGCAUCCUCAAAAACGAAUACACUACAACAAAUAGAUUCUGCAAAUCCAACUUAUACUAUAACAUCAGAUCUUCAAGACAGAACUUAUACUGUUGGUAGUGAUACUGAAAAAUACUCUGUUGAUGAUUUUUCCAUUAAUGGUGCUAGUUCAUGCUCAGAUAAAAGUUUCACCUAUGAAAUAAUCACAGGAUAUCCUUCUUUCGUCUCUCCUUCCUCUUCAUCCAACAAGGAAAUAGAAGUAUCUACAUCUUCGGAAACAGACAUAGGUGAAUAUACUAUCUAAGUAAAAGUAACAAUAAACAAUGGAUAGACAUUUACUGGUUCAUUUAAAUUGACUAUAAAAUCAAAAUGUUCGUCUGUAUCUAUCACAAAAUCAUCUAUUUCUGCUUAAACCUACUAUGUAUCUCAGCCCUAUCUUUCCAUCCAGUUUUCUUCAUUUUCUCUGAGCCCUAGCAACUCAGGUUGUACAAUAACAUAUACACUUUCAUUAAGUGAUGGAUAGGCUUAUGAUAGUUCAUUUAUCAGAACUUUCUCUACAACAAAUAGGACUAUUAUUGUUUACACUUAAGAUAUAUCUAAGGCUUCAUAUACGGCAUACUCUUUAAAACUAACUGGAUCACUCACAAAUUACCCUGCAGAAAAGGAUUCAAUAACAUUUAGUCUAACUAUAAAAAGCUGUUUCUGGGACACUCUAUCAAUUAGUCCUAGUAUAACUUAAAAGACUCAUUAUGCUAAGCAAAGCACAACAGUUACAAGUAAUUUGGCGACUAUCACAGUGUCUCAAAGUUUUUCAGGGUUAUGCCCUACACCCACAUACUCUUUAAUGAAGAUUAAUUCAUCUAAUACUGAAGUUGCAGCAGACAUGAUCUUUUCCUUAAGUGCCAAUGUUUUAACCUUGAUAACAACAGAUAAUACUAUGAUUGGUGAAUACACUUUGAAAGUUUAUGCAAAAACUAUUUGGGAGACAACCACCUAUAAGGAAGCCUAUAAUACAUUUACUGUUACCAUAUUAGACUAUUGUGAUAAUAGUGCAUAAAUUACUGCAUGGAAACCAGGAGAAUAGACCUAUUAUAUUUCUUCAAAUUUGAAAACAAUCUAAUUCGAUAUCUGGACAAGCACAUUGGCUGUAAGUGAUUGUCCAAUAACAUAUUCAUCAUCUAUUCCUACUGCAAUUUAAUCAGUUGUGACAUUUAGUCCAACCGAUAGAUAAUUUACUAUAGCAUAAACUAACAACAUGAUACUUUUGGGUACAUAUUCAGUUUCUAUAACUGGCUAUUUAACUUCAAUUAACUCAUACACAGUUAGCUUCGACAUAAUAUUUAAAAACCCUUGUGAAAAAGCCACGAUAAAUAUAGGAGCAACUUAAAUUGCUGAUUAAACCUACGACUUGAAUUCGAUUCAAAGUCCUAAUCCAUACACAUUUGAUGAGUUUUAUAGUUCAAUUACAUUACCAUCCAUAUUAGCAUACUGUGGAACCUUAACAUACAAAUUCAAAGAUGCAUCUGGAUCUGAUUUGGACUCCACUAUCUUUACUGCAUCUAGUGCCUCAAGAUCUGUGACAAUUUUUACAUCUGAUGAGAGCAAACUAGCAAAUUCUCCUUAUACAGUGACAGUAAAGGGUUAUUAUAGCAAUUUCUAUUAUCCUUCCGCUUCAUUUACUUUCAAGGUGAAUCUGCAAAAAAACUGUUUCUAUUAAAGUGCCACUCUUCCUGCUGCUCAAUCUUAAACUUACAUGCUAACAGAUUCCUAGAAAACUAUCAAUCCUGGCUUAUUUUCACUUUUAUUCACCACUGGAUGCCCAUUAGUAUACACUUACACUUGCUAAUUAUAAAUAGAUAAUAGUCCUUGUCUAACACCAAAUCCAUUUAUUACUAGUUUUGAAUCUUCAACAGGAAUAUUUAAGGUAUAUUCCACAAGUGCAACUACAGGAGUUUAUUUGAUUAAGAUAAAGGGAUCUGUAGUUAGUACAUAGGAUUCUGGAACUUAUACUUCUUCAGAAUUAAUAAUAACGUUAACAAUCAGUCCUCUUAGUUGUUUAUUAGAACCUCCAACUACAUUAAUUGAUCCUAUUAAGGUUUACAGUUUAGGAACAACAUUAGAUAUACCUUAUAAUGAAUUCAUAGUAUCAGUGGGAACUUGUAACACAUAGUACACAUUAUAUUAAGAUUCUUGCACUUCUGGAACAUAAUUGACAGCAGGAAGUGGUGCAACUCUUGAGACAGUAGUGUCUCUAGACACUACCAAUAAAAAAAUUAUAGUACGAACAUCAGAUUAAGCAUUAGCAGGGAAGGAAUUUGUUAUUUGUUUAAUAGGUAAAGAUUUAAGUACUAUAUCUGAAGCGACAUAAACUUUUACUUUGAGAAUAUCUUGUUGCCAAGUUACGGCACUUACUCCUAGUUCAUUAGAUACAUCUACCUCAUCACUGACAAGCUAGACUUAUUUCAUUAAUUAAGGAACUAUGGAUAUACCUUUUCAUGCAUUCACAGAAGCAACAACUACAGGAACAACUUGUGGCUUUACUAUUACUUAUUAGCUUUCAGUAGUAGGGUACUCUUCAAUACCAUCAUUUAUAUCGUUAACAUCAAGCACGAAUCCAUUAAGUUUAACAGUGACUUCUAACUAAAAAUAAGAUGUACUAAAGUCUCCUUAUACUGUAUUAAUUACUUCAUCAGUGAACAAUCCUGGAGUAGCUACUCCUAUUACAGGUCAACUCUCGAUUCCAUUAGUGAUAACAUAAUAGAAUCUUGCAGCACCAAAAUUUAUCCCAAGUCUUUAAGAUAUAUCUUUAAAAGUAGAGGACACAACUGAUCUAGUAUUUGCAGAUCCCAUUGAUACAGAUGGAGAUGGGUUUACUGUAAGUACACCUAAAUUUGGAUAAGCGUCUUUUGUAUCUGGUAGCUAUCCUAACUUUAUUUUACAACCAAAAUUCUCAGAUCUAGGAGAAUACAAGGUACAAGUGACAGUUACAGAUGACAAUAUAAAUUCUUUGUCUGCUACUUAUUCUUUUAUAAUAAAAGUAUCCAAAUCAGCUUCAGAAAAUAAUAAUUCAACUAAUGCCACAUCUAAUGAUACUACAGGAACUGGGACUAGCCUAAAUAGUGGAACAUCUUAAACUAUUUCAAUAAAACAAGCUGUAAUAAAAGACAAAAAGUCAACAAAAUUAACAGCAGAAAUAAAGGAGAUUUCAAUAAAAGGAUUAAUUACUGUCACUUUUAAUUCUGAUGUGAUUGUACCAACAAAUUACACAAAUUUCGAUUCUAAAGUUAUGCUUAUUCAAGUCAGAGAUGAAGAAGGUAAAACUGACAAAAGUAUUAAUUAUACUUGGAAUUUAACUUGUCAAGAAAGAUGUUUCGAAAUAAUUGAGAUCAGAUAGUAUGGCUAUAUCUAAUUAUAUAAUAUAGGUGCUACUGCUGCACUAGCCGAAAAUGGAGGCUCUGGAGUUAGCGCAUUAAGUUCUUUUAUGUACGGUUCACUUGCACUAAAUGUUAUUAUGUAUCUAUUAUAUUCGAUAAUAACUUUGCUUAGGGCCGCUUCUUUAUCAAUGCUUUGGGGAAUGGUUAAUGUUCUCUAGUUAAUUAUUAACAUGCCUUUGAUGAAUGUGAGUUUUCCAAUGAAUGCAGUAUUUUUCUAUAAUUUGCUGAUGGAUAUGGCUAAUUUUGAUUUACUCCCUUCAAAAGAAAUAGAGUCUGGUGUAUUCGAGUUUGAAGAUUCAACGACCCCACCUUAAUUUUAAAUGAUGGAUAUCUUUUUAACAUUAAUCUAUUAGAUUAGACAUUUUAACUAAAAAUACGCUAUGAAACAAGCAAUGUUAUACAAAAUUUAGGAAGCAUGUUUAUCUACAUGGUUUGCAUCAUUACUAGCUAUUAUGUUGGUUUGCUUAAGCAUAACUUUCCCAUUUCUAAUAAUGGUCUUGCUUAUUCCAAAUUAAAAUCAGCUUCAAGAUAAAAAGUACUCAGACACUUAUGGGGCACUCUACGCUGAUAUUAGAACAAACUCAAAACUCCCCCUUUUUUUCAAUGUCAUUUAUGUUGGUAGAAGAAUUAUAUUUGCUGGAGUAGCAAUUAUCGGUCAAAAUCAUCCGUUUUUUUAAAUUCAAGCCUUAAUAUUCCAUUGCCUUUUUAUAAUUAUGUUCUUGAUAAUAGUAAAACCAUUCUAAAAGUCUUUAAAUAAUUACCUUGAGAUAUUAAAUGAAAUAUGCAUUUUAGGAGCAUCAUAUCACCUCUUAGUACUUACUGAUUACACUCCAGAUGAUGAUAUAUAAUAUAUGGCUGGAUGGUCACUUAUUGGAAUAACAGUUUUUAACAUGCUAAUCAAUAUAUUUGUGAUGGUUACUCUUUCAUUAGCUGGUUUGAUAAUGACAAUUAAAGAAUUAAAGGAAAAAUGUAAGGAAUUCAUAAAAAAGAAAAAGGCAAGCAAGUAUUCUUAAGAUAGUAAAGGAAUUGAUAACUUGGACUAACAAUAUCAGGAAAAUGAUUAAUACAUGGUUGGAUUACUUGAAAACUCCUAAAGUAUAAAUAUAAAUAUGACAAAUAUUACUGAAGGAAAUUCUAUAUAUAUUUCUCAAAGCAUUAAUAACUCUAAGCCUUUGAAAAAGGAUUAAAUUUCAAAGAGAAGAUUUAAUAAAAAACCGUAAUUAGUGAAUAGAGAAUCAUUAAAUGAAUUGGAAAACACAAAUGAUGAUCUAAUAGGAAAAUUAGCUCCCAGAGAUAAUCAUCCCAAAUAGAAAGGAAGAUCAAGAAGAAUUAGUUCCUUUAAAAUUGAUUAAGAUCAGUAUAACUUCAAUAAUGGAAUAGAUUCAUUCAAGCUUGAGGAAAUAUCAGAAAAUGAUGGGAUUCGAUAAGAAUAAGAUGAAAUUGCUAAAGAGAUGCUCAAGCUUUACAAACAAAAAUAAGAAAGUUUGAUGAGUUAAUACAAUUAACUAAAUUAGGAAAUUAGUUCAGAAUAAUUAUAUGAUUCAACUUAAAACAAUAGAAGAAAAAGCAAAAAUAUUACUGUAAGAGAAAUUGAAAAGAUAGAUUCUCAAGACAGAUAAAUUCAUGAUGAUUUGAUCAUGAAUAUAAAUUUCAACAAUGUAAACUAUGAAACUCCAUCGACAAGCUAGUCAAUUACUAAACUACGGAAGAAAUCUUUUAUCAAUGAUAGAAAAGCUUCUAGCAGUAGUAUUACAGGAACAUUUAACUCUAAAACUUCCAGAUUUAAUAAUAAAAAUAAGAACUCAAAAGUAGGUGAAAAGAAAGAUAAAAUAAUGGAUGAUAUUAUAGUUGAAAGUCUAGAUUUAGAGUAAAAUCAAGAUAUAAUGACUUUGAAGGAGAUGAAAUAUCAAAGAAAUGAUCAUUUACUUAGUUAGUAUAACGAUGAAAAACAUGAAAAUGAUGUUACUUCCUCUCUUGAGGUUCAUAUAGGGUAGAUGCAUUAGAUGAUGAAAACAAAUCCUUAGGAUUAAGGGAAAUAAGAUGGUGAUUAAAAGCUCUUUAAAAAGAGCAAACGAAGAAUCAGAAUGAAAACUACAUUGUGA